AUGGAAGCUGAGGAACGGAUUGUAGGAGGCGAUGCUGGUUCUAUUGAAAACUCAAACUACCAAGUAUCGAUUCGUGAAAAUAAUGAUCACAUCUGUGGCGGUGCAAUAUUAAAUCAUAAUACUAUUCUAACUGCUGCUCACUGUACGGAUGGAGUUAGGCCUGGAAUAUUAUCAGUUAGUAAUGGAGCAACAAUUGCAAAUAAUGGAAUCAUACAUAAAGUUGAAAAAAUUAUCCAACAUCCCAAAUUCGAUGAUGGAACUAUGGAAAAUGAUAUUUCUUUGCUGAAAAUCAAGCCACCAAUUAAGUAUACAAAUUCAAGUCGACCGAUAAAAUUGGGAACAAAACGUUUAAAACCUGGUACAAAUGUUAAAAUUACUGGAUGGGGUAAACAAUCGGAAAAUGAAAAAAAAUCUGAUUUGGGCAGUAAACCGCUACGAUAUGUUAUUGUUCAAGUUGUUAAUCAAACUAAGUGCUCUGAUGAUUAUAAAAAAAUAGCACCGAAAAUUUAUGAUGGAAAUAUGUGUGCAUCUGCUCCGGGCAAAGAUAGCUGUCAAGGUGAUUCUGGAGGGCCAUUAGUGAGUGGAAUUGGAGAUGCAAGAAGGCUGGUUGGUGUUGUUUCAUUUGGCUUUGGCUGUGCCCAUAAAAAAUAUCCUGGAGUUUAUACAUUUGUUCCUUCGUUUUUGGAUUUUAUAAGAAAAAAUAUGUAG